AUGUCGCAAUGUGGUUUCCUGAUCCAGUACCCUGCGCACUGGGCCCUGCCGUUUCAGACGUCGGACGGUAUGGCGACCGGUGAGAGGCGAUCAAAUCUCAGGUUGCUCAAGACGUCAUUGAUUCUGGACCAAGGCGACACACGCACGACUCGCCAUGGAGACUGUCUCAGACUGUGUACUUACAACUCGAGAGCAGUUUCCACAGACGCUGACCUGCAUGCCCUUCUCGGAGCUGCAGAGCGUAUCAAAUUUCACGUGAUUGCUCUGCAGGAGACUAAGUGCAGAAGGAGCGACGUACGACAGACGAAUGACGGUACACUCGUCAUUUGUGGAGAGAAGGUUCCGUCGCGAAAUGAAGGCGGUGUUGGUUUUGUUGUGCACCCAUUGUUGUCCAUCUUCUCGAUUCUCACGAGAUCCUGUCACCUCGUCUGGUCAUUCUUCGCCUCCGCCCUCUGCGCCAAAAACCCUCAUCAACUGCUACUCACCAACAUCAGCAGCUGA